AUGCUCGGCCGACUGGAAAUGUCCGUUGACCAGUGUAUUGAGGCAUAUACCGGUAUGAUGGACGUUAUAUUUGACCCCAAAGACAAGAAAAAGCUGCCAUUCAAGAUUCGUAAUGGCAAGGUUCAGCCUCAGUACAAGACAAAGUACAUGGAGCAGGCGAUCAAGCAGGUGAUGUCCAACGCUGGGUGGACAUCGGAUGACAGAUUCAGAGGAUCGAAGGACUCGAGUUGUAAAACGGUCGUUAUUGCUUUGACGGCAGAAGGCAGAGCUCCGACACGCUUUACAGAUUACGAGAGACCUGGCGAGCACUCUAACUUCUAUAAUGAAGUCAAGAUCUGGGAAGUAGCUCGUGCUACAUCGGCGGCAACAUCUUUCUUCGCACCGAUGGAAAUCACACAUGCCGGUGAGCCCAGGCGCUUUCUUGACGCAGGUAUCGGAUCCAACAAUCCUAUCAAUGAAUUGUAUCUGGAAGCAAUGUCGCAAUUCGACAAAUCUGAAGAAGAGUUUGACAAGCAGAUUCGGGUAUUAGUGUCUAUUGGUACCGGCAGGCCAGCAUUGCAUGGAUUCGGUGAGAAGGUUACCGAAGUUGCAAAGAGCAUUGCUUCUAUUGCGACUGAAACCCAGGACACAGCGAAUACGUUCCACCUGACCCACAGAAAACUGGCCAACCGGGGUGGAUACUUCAGGUUUAAUCCUCCCGACCUUUCUGAAGUGGCGAUUGACGAGUCGAGCAAGAAAGGUAUUAUUGCAUCGCGAACUGAUACGUAUGGCAAUGACGCACAUACCUUGGAGAUGGUAGAGCGCUGGGUGGCUGUGGCCGGAUUUGAGAAAAAACAAGUUAGCUCACCAGCGAUACAUCCAGCUCACGUCAAGUCUCCAACAACCAAACUCUUCUAUUCGUUGCACAAGGGACCUAAAUACAUCAAAGAGUAUGCGCCGUCGUACUGGCAGCAUCUAACGCUCGACUCAUACUACGUAUACGAAAAUAUAUACGACAGGUGCGGGCCCAAAGAUAGAAAAGUCACUUUCAACGCAUUCUUCGAACAAUUUGAUUCUGAUCAGAAACCAUCGCCCAACCACGUCUUCGAGACAUGGACGCGUCUUCUCCGUGACAAGCAAGACGUGCGCAACAGUAUCCAUCGUAAGCCGUUCGUGAUGGCAGCAUUAUACAUGCUCCACAUCGAGUCGAGUCUUGACGUAGCCAAGAUGACAACUAUAGACCCUAAUCGACGCGAAAUGCUCAAGCGGUUUGCGAAGUGGGUUCCAUGCCAAUGUGACGCUCGCUGUGGUCGUGAUUGGAACUUUGUAAAUGAAGUUGGGCUAUCGCGAGGAGGAAUCGGUGGAGAGGAUUGCGAUCUUCUGAAAGUGUUUAAAAGCAGUAACUGGAAGCUGAUGUUCAGGAGCGACAAAGUACGCAAACUGGAGGCUACCAGAAAGAUAUGGGAAGCAGCACUCUGA